AUUAAAAAAAAGCAUAUGUCAACUCUGCAAUUGCAAAUGGAGGCGGUUUUCUCGGCACACAGGGAUGGAUAUGUCAACUACUCUACCAUUGCAAAUGCUCCUCAUUAACUCCCUCUAUUGUUAAUUUCCCUCUCUCUCUCUCUCUCUCUCUAGACUUCAAAACCACACACAACACAACACAACCGCAAUGGCAUCGCCGGACGUUGCUUAUGCUUCACCCAACGACGGAGCUCCACCGUCGCAACCUCCUCCUCCUCCUUCAGAUACCAUUUAUCUGAAGUUUCUUGCAUCAAAUGCGGAAGCCGGUUCAAUUAUUGGAAAGGGUGGAUCAACAAUUUCGGAUUUCCAGUCACGAUCUAAUGCACGAAUCCAGUUGUCACGGAACUAUGAGUAUUUUCCAGGAACAUCUGAUAGGAUUAUUAUGGUGUCUGGAACAUUUGAUGAAGUUCUCGAUGCCACCGAACUUAUCCUCACUAAGCUGGUGAAUGAGUUUUACGCUGAAGAUGGUGAGGAAGCUGAACCAAGAUCAAAAUUUAGGUUAAUCGUACCGAAUAGCUCUUGUGGUGGAAUCAUUGGAAAAGGGGGAUCCAUGAUAAAGUCACUCAUUGAAGAUUCUCAAGCUAACAUUAAAAUAUCUCCACAGGAUAACAGCUUGAAUGAUAGAUUGGUAACUGUGAUUGGCACCUUACAGCAGCUCGUUCAAGCCACUAAUCUCAUUCUAUCGAGAUUAUCUGAAGAUCUUCACUACAUACAAUCCAUGGGCCCCGCAUUUUCAUAUGCCUUACCUUAUGGCGUACCAAACUAUGGGCCAAAUGGGGGUGCUAAAAAGCUUCAAAACAAAAAGGAAGAAAUCAGUGAUUCGGUGACUCUGGGUGUUGCUGAUGAGCAUAUUGGGAUUGUUGUCGGCCGUAGUGGUAGAAAUAUUUCUGAAAUUAGUCAGAUUAGUGGAGCUAGAAUUAAGAUAUCUGAAAGAGGUGAUUUCAUAGAUGGAACAACUAAUAGGAAAGUAACAAUCACCGGAUCUCAAAGGGCAAUCAAUGUAGCAGAGGACAUGAUAAUGCAGAAGGUUGCUUCGGCUUCAUCUCCGCCUCCUCCUCUCGCUCCUGAGAACUGAUAAAGCAUCGUAUUGAGGUUCUCCAUGAAAACCGACACUUGUUUACUUACAAUCCAUACUGUUUCUAUUCGUAUCAUAUCUAAAAAGCUGUCAGAAAAAUGUUAAAACAAAACAAAACAAAACAAAACAUAGCAUUUGUCAUAAAUCAUUUUGAACCAGCAGGAGGUGUACAUUAGAGAAAUAUAUUCUUAAAAGAAAAAUAAUUUAUUUUUAUUAAACAAAA